AUUUAAUUUAUUACAGAAACACAUUAAAAUGAAAGUUAAAAACGAUAUUUCUCAGUUAUUUAUUACUGCCAAAGCUAACCAAAACUAUUUGAAUGUCUGUGCACCUAUGUUAUGAUACGGAUCUGACAUUCACACCAAUGAUUUUAGCUGAUUCAUUUUGUCAGAAUGCUAAAGCCCGUUCUAAUGAAUUUACAACAACUGUAAACGAUACACCCCUAAUUGUACAAUUUGCUGCUAAUAAUAUAAAUGAUUUUGUGGAUGCUUCAAAACUAGUGUUUCCCUAUGCUGAUGGGGUAGAUUUAAAUUGUGGCUGCCCCCAGAGAUGGGCGAUGAAAGAUGGUUAUGGUUGUUCAUUAUUGUCCAAGCCUGAAGUUAUUCAUGAACUUGUAAAAGGUGUGAAGAACAGUCUUCCUGCUAAUUUCAGUGUGUCAGUAAAGAUUAGAAUAUUGGAUGAUUUAAAAAAGACGAUAACUUUAUGUCAACAAUUAGAAAAUUGUGGUGUAACAUUUCUAACAGUACAUGGAAGGACUCCUGCUCAGAAAAGUAGUGAAAAUAUUGAUAUUCAUGCAUUGAGAACUGUUUGUGAUUCAUUAACAAUACCGGUGGUGGUUAAUGGUGGUAUAAAAACAUUAUCUGAUGCAGAUGAUUUAUAUGAUCAAACCAACUGCAAUGGUGUGAUGGCAGCAAGUGGAUUAUUAGUGAAUCCUGCUCUAUUUAGUGGAGCAAAAACAACUCCGGACAGCUGUGUAAAAUUAUGGAUGGACAUUAAAAACAAAUAUAAAGACAGAAUAACGUUCCAAUGUUAUCAUCAUCAUUUGGUUUUUAUGCUUGAGAAAGUACUGACAAGAAAACAAAAGCAAGUUUUCAACAACUUAAGUACAUUUGAAAGUGUUGAUCAGUUUUUGAUGUGUACUUUAUUCCCUUUGUGUGAUUGGAACAUACCUGUGGAAUCCAGUAUUAGUGAAUUUAUUGACUGUGAAUAUGCAGAUGAAAUAACAAUGAAGCACUCUAGCAAAUGUAGAACUUGUGGAAAAAGUAUAUGCUAUUGUAUUUGUAGUAAUUAUGACUAUAAUACCAGUUCUGGUAGUUAUUUCAAUUCAUAUGUUCAAAGUAUUGACCAUUUAGAUUAUAUGGACAGUAGUAUGUUCAAUGAAACUUAUACAACUGUUUUCUUUAAUUAUUACACAAUCCCUCAUAGUUUGUAA